UAGUAAAAUGUGAGCCAAAAAUUGAUGCCAAUUGUUUCAGAGCAGCCGUCUAUGAGGGACCAGUUCUGGGUAAUGUAACGGUAGAUAAACCAUACGAAAUCAUCAAUAAAAAUCUAUUAAUGUUAAAAAAAGUGGCCGAAAAAGCUAAACAAUAUGGGGUAAACAUAUUGGUUUUUCCCGAAGACGGUCUAAUAGAUCCACCCUUUAAUCGCUCAAUUUUAUCGACUGUUACUGAAAAAAUACCGGAUCCCAGAAAAGGUGUUUAUAAUGCGUGCGAAAAACGAGACAAAUCGCUACCUAUAACUGUAGCCCUGAGCUGUUUGGCUAAAGACAAUGCAAUGUAUAUUGUGGCCGAUUAUGGCGAUCGGAUGGACUGUAAUGUGACUACAGAUAAAUACUGUCCUAAAGAUGGUUAUUAUCUGUACAAUACUGCCGUAGCCUUUGAUCCCAACGGAGUAAUGGUAGCAAAGUAUCAUAAAAGACAUCUAUUCAGACUCAUAGAAAUGAUGUACGACUAUCCGUCCACAGAAUUUAGUUAUUUUGAUACACCAUUUGGUAGAAUAGGUAUAAUGAUAUGUUUUGAUCAAGUAUGGGGUGAUCCCGGAACUGGACUUGUGUCCAAAUAUGGUAUUAAUACAAUGGCAUAUCCCACAUGGUGGGGCGAUGAACUACCAUUUCGUACAGCCAAACAAAUACAUGAAGGAUGGGCUGUCAACAAUCGGGUUAACUUUUUAGCAGCCAAUAUACUUGUUCCUUAUCAAGGUAGUAUAGGAAGUGGUAUAUAUUCGGGUGAAAACGGUCCCAUAAUAUUUACCGAUCAAAAUAAUAAAAACGGAAAGUUACUCAUUGCUGACAUACCGGUUAAGAGUGACAACAGUAGAGCUUCGUGUUUGACAACCAAACCGUUUAACAAAACAAUAAUAUUUGAUGAAAUCAAAGUUAGCGGAGAUUAUAAUACAGUAUUUCAUAUGUCAACUAAAGAUGUCUCAUUGGCUCAAUUGAAGGCCCAAAACGACUCAUUGAAUGUAUGUAACAAUGGUUUGUGCUGUCAAUUAUCAUAUUCAAUGGUCAGCUCAUCAUUUGGUAACGAAUCGUAUUGGCUUAUAGUUGCAAAUGUGUCGGCAAAUAAACAGUCUGAUUAUAAUCAGUCCAAUGAAAUGUGUGGUAUUGCAAAAUGUAACGAUAAUACUUGUAAUACGUAUUCAACUAAAGCUGAAACAAUAUUUAAAUCAAUUAAACUGAGCGCACAAUUCACGACUAACUAUACCUACCCGAGCGUUACGGCCAACGAAUUAUCAUUAGUUCCGAAACAGUAUUGGAGUUAUAAAAGUGAACGUAAAAUAGGUACCGAAGUUAGCCUAUCGGUCACUGAUUUCCCACAUCCUAUAAUAUCUGUUGGUCUGUUUGGCCGGUGCUUUGAUCGCGAUAUACCCGACGGGGAGUAAAAAAACAGUCUAUCGUUUUCGAUAAAGAGUUUUAAUA